CCUUCUCCACUUCCCUUCCGUUCCCUCCCCGGCAGGGCGCAGCGGAGGCCGAGGCUGGAUCGGGUUCCCCGCCUGCCCGUCCCAAAUCCCGCCGACGGAGCCGCCGCGCGGAGGACGAGCCGAAGCGGGCACAGGGGAGCGGGAGCCCGGGCGGUCAGCGUCCGGCAGCGAGGGCGCAGCCAGCGGCCACCCGGCACCCGACCGAGCGCAGAGCCUCGCCGCGUUCAACAAAGGCAGCCCGAGCGCGUGCGGCGUUUGCCACUCCAACCAGAAAAAUCGAAGCUAUCAAAAUAGAGGCUCAAGCAGGAUAGCAAGCAAAGCGGGAGGAACGGGAGAAGGAGAAUGCAGUCCCAACAGUAUGUGCAGCCGCGUCGAAAACUUGCAGCUGCCUUCCUGGCAUUCAUUUUCAUCUUGGCAGCUGUGGACACUGCUGAAGCAGGGAAGAAAGACAAGCCAGAAAAAAAAGUGAAGAAGUCUGACUGUGGGGAAUGGCAGUGGAGUGUGUGCGUGCCCACCAGUGGGGACUGUGGCCUGGGCACCCGGGAGGGCACCCGGACCGGAGCCGAGUGUAAGCAAACCAUGAAGACCCAGAGAUGUAAGAUCCCCUGCAACUGGAAAAAGCAAUUUGGAGCGGAGUGCAAAUACCAGUUCCAGGCUUGGGGAGAAUGCGACCUGAAUACCGCCUUGAAGACCAGAACUGGAAGUCUGAAGCGAGCCCUCCACAACGCCGACUGCCAGAAGACAGUCACCAUCUCCAAGCCCUGUGGCAAGCUGACUAAGCCCAAACCUCAAGCAGAAUCUAAGAAAAAGAAAAAGGAGGGAAAGAAACAGGAGAAGAUGCUGGACUAAUAGAUGCCACCUUCUGUGGAACAUGAAAAGGACAUCAGCAAACAGGAUCAGUUAACUAUUGCAUUUAUACCUAUGUAGGCUUUUUAUUCAAAAAUUAUCUAUAGCUUAAGUACACAAUAGGCAGAAACAGAACAGAAAAAUUUUGUAGUAGUGUUUUUAAAUGUAUACCAUAGGACCACUAGGGGCUUAUAAUAAAGGACUGUAAUCCUAUUUAGAAAGUUGACUUAUAGUACAUGAUACAUGGUAGAAAAUUGAGGUAAGUUUUUUGAAGUUAUGUGAUAUUUUACAUUUAAAAUCUUUUUUUUUUUACAUUUUUUUUUCUUUUGGCAGCAAUUUACGUGUUAUGACCAUGUAAACUACUUUUCUUGUUAGAUAAUUUUUUCACCUAGACUUUUUUUCCCAACUGAGAAAAAUCUAUACUAAACAAAGCAGCAAUAAAAUAUAAUCAUCC